UUUGAGACAUAGCCACUGUCGUCCUUGAUCGAUGACAUAUAACAGAUGUAAUAGCAGACCAUCGACUCAGAUGAUUGCACAGAUGACUGCAGCCGAGUAAUUCGACUCCGAUAACUGCAAAGAGAGAAAAUCGCAGUGAACGCGAUGUGCGCAGUAUGCUUGAUAACGUGUGUCUCCCCGCGUAAACAUGCGCGUUUGAACGUGUAAAUAAUUUAAACAAAUAAUAUGCGCGACGAGACAAGAGCCGUCUCGUAGUCGACAAUCGACGACCGGCAGAUUCGGGCGAAAUUGCGUAACGGUCGAUAAAAGAAACAAAAAUUACUAUCAGAGCGCUACACCUGCUUUAUCUGUUCUCGAUCUACGAUUCAUCUGAUACUACGAAGUGCGCGGUUAAUAGAUAAGAUUGGUCAAAGUCGUGAAUCUUUCAUGUGUCCAAUGGCGAUCGCCAGUGUUGCGAUGAUUUGGUCUGGAGGUUGUGAGAUAUCGCUUAUUGUAUGAUUGUAUGGUUGUAUGAGAAUUUCGUAGAAAUCGAUGUGGGAUACUGGAAGAAGGAAGCGACGGUAACGAGAGCAAUAUCAUCGCAUUCCCGGAGAAGCGAGAAAUAAAUAACAGAAAGAGAAAAGGAAUUGAUGAGGUAACACGUGUGACUCAUGAGCAAAGUGCAAGAAUUUGCAUUGUGUGCAUAUUUUUUAUAUCCAUAUAAUAUACUGAAAUUUCGAGCACAUGUUUAGCGCACCAAAGUCAUCACCGCCACCAUUUGCUAAAGGCACAUUUCAGAUAUUAGUCACAGCUACGGUUGACUAAUUAUAUACCUACAUCAUGCUGCAAAACAUAGAUAAGGAUCUGGUUCCUAUAAAAGCACAUUAUUUUCUUUAUAAUGCUGCAACGGGACCAAUAGUGCCAUUUUUGCCAACAAUAGCAAAGCAGUUGGGUUUUUCUGCUACAUUAGUGGGCACAAUAUACACAAUUUUACCAAUUUCUGGUUUAAUUUCAAAACCAUUGUUUGGUGGUUUGGCUGAUAAAUUCAAACUGCAUAAAAUUUUAUUCUUAAUAUUUCAAGUUGUAUUGACAGUAGCUUUCUUCUCUAUUUCCUACAUUCCUAAAAUAGAUAAGAGUGCAAAUACUACUCUUAUCUGUGACAAUAGCAUACCAUACUUAGAGAUCUGUCCGGAAAAGCAGUUUUCAAAGGCAGCUUUAAACACUGUACUAGAUAAUACACACACCAAUUCAGUGUGCCAGUUAUCCUGUAAAGGACCAUCUCACGGUUACAUAGAACUAUCUGGUAAAAAUGUCUCUGCAAACAGCACUUUUGAGUUUGGUGCAGGAUUUGAUGCAUAUCACGACUUACUUGCAAAUAAUUGUGUGAAUGUGAGGAUACGCACAUUUACGGACAAUAUUGCACAUGUUCCAAACUGCGGGAAUCAAAUGAGAACUUGGUGUACGGUAACUUGUCACGAUAAUAUCGCAUUCAAUCAUCUUCUACAAGAGGCUAAGAAUUCGCACAACGAUGCCGAAAUUUAUACGCAACGAUUCUAUUUAUUCUUAUGGGCGGCUAUAAUGAGCUGGGUUGGAAUGGCUGUUGUAGUUAGCAUAGCGGAUGCAAUCUGCUUCGAUCUGCUUGGUUAUGAAAAAAGAAAAGACUAUGGGAAGCAAAAGAUGUGGGGCAGUAUCGGUUUCGGCAUUUUUGGCAUAAGCGCAGGAUACCUAGUUGAUGUGUUUAGCGAAGGGCAGAGUGAAAAAAAUUACGAUUGCAUAUUUUACAUGAUGUUGGUAGCGAUGAUUCUUGAUUUCAUUGUAUCUACGACACUGAGAAAGAGAAACCCUGAAUGUAAUGGAGAUGAACCGUCGCUAUUGUGGGAACUAUUAAGCGUUGUGAAAGAAGGAAGAGUAUUGGUGUUCGGCUGGUGGUGCAUAGGCGCUGGAAUGUGCACGGGUGUCAUAUGGAACUUUCUCUUCUGGUAUACGGAAGACUUAGCCAGAAGCUCUGAUGUUGCGUGGCUUAAAACUUUGCAGGGUCUUUUGACCGGUGUUCAAUGCUUCUUAGGGGAAAUGCCUUUCAAUUUCUUGUGUGGUAGCGUGCUGAAGAAACUCGGUCACAUCAACGUCAUGAGUCUCGUGCUGCUUAUCUAUGCAAUUAGAUUCAUGGCAUAUAGUAUUGUAUCGAAUCCGUGGCUAUUUUUAAUUCUUGAACUACUCCAUGGGCCUUCGUUCGGUCUAUGUUGGCCGACAAUGGUGUCCUAUGGCGACAAAGUAACACCAUCUGGCACAAAAGCCACUAUGCAAGGUUUUAUUGGUGCCGUUUUCGAGGGAAUCGGAGUGUCAAGUGGUAGCUUCAUAUGUGGCUGGCUUAUAGAUACCUACGGAGGUAUUACUGCAUUCAGGGCCUUCUCAGUAGGCGCACUUCUAUGGUUAAGUGGAUUCUGGAUGAUGGAACUCUUACUGAGAAAGUUCAAGGCUUAUCCGUUACAUCAAGGCCAUAAUCAUUUAGCAAAUUAUGCUAAUCCAGACGAUGCCAUUCUCAUGACGAUAAGCCAAGAAUUGCAAACCUAUUGAUAGAGAAACAACAAAUUCUAAUUACUUAUUUAUCAGCGUGUAUAAGAUGACGAUACGUGUCAAUGUAUUGUCACAAAUUGAAACUCAACAAAAUUAAUCUUUUUAUAGCAUUUGUAUGCCAAGGAGAAUUUUGAUAUCAUCAUCACCCCAUCGUCACGUGUUGUCUUUUGAUAACAUCAAGUGAAUUUACUCAUUCAGUAUUAUAUCAUAAAUGUAAAUUAUACCACAUAACGUGUAUGCUCCUAGCGUAAUAUAUACUUUUUCAGACUA